AGUCACAUUUGUUCGGUGGUUGCUGACGAAACUGACCAAGAACAGCGUGUAUGCAGCAAAAACUGGCCAAGAGGCCAAGUUGCGAGAAAAAGUUGUCUGUCGCUGGUGCGUUGUUGCUUUUUGUGGAGACAUGGGGUAGGAUUGUGGCUCCAGUAGUCUCAUAAUCGUGUGGCAAUAAAUGUGAAAAAUGGUGCUCAUGUCGCUCUUGUUUCCUCCACCACCUCGCUACCACAUACAAUAAUAUCUUAUGGACACCCUUUUUUUCAUGCCCACCCAUCUCGAGUAGCAUCUUGCGUCCUUGCCCGCUUAUAGCGUGUUGUAUAGUAUAUGUGCGGUGGACUCCUUCACCCAUCCCAAGCAUGGCAACUUUUUCACACCACCAUCCCAAUGCGAUUCUAUCGAUUUUUGCAAGUGGAGGUGCAUCUUUUUCACCAUAACACAAUUGCCGGGAAAACUGGUUGGCAAUUAUAUCGCAAUUUCUUCCUCGCACGCCAUGUCGCUCGCUCCUACCCAAGGAUCCCUGGGCUGCCUUCCAUGAAAGGUGAUGGACGUGCAACAUCAUAAAAGAUGAUGACAUUAAAACAUUCCACGGGAAGAUUUACACCACUCGAGAAGGUCAUCCAAUUAUCGCAAAUCAAAAUUUAUUCCUCUAUCAAUCAAUUAAUAAGCUCAUCAUCAUCGAUGGAAUCCUGCAAUUUUUCAAAAUCAUCUCAACACUGACUUCAAUCGCGUCCCCAAUACCUCGUGGUCUUUUAUCGUUUGCCCAAGCUGACUCGCUGUAUAGCGACGAUAUCUUUCCGAUGGAAAAGCGCUGAAGGGAAGGAGGGACAGAAGGAAAAAAAGUCAGGGAGAAGAAGCUUGAGAAUUGCAACAAAAGGAGGAGAAGAAACUACAGCAGUUUUUUCCUCUAUACUGCAAGUUUCCCUUCUUCUUCGACAAGGGCGGAGUCAAAACGCAUGGCUCAACACCACAAGAGAUCUCACAGCCAGGAGACCCAGAGGAUUCAGAUGUUUCUUCGACGUCAAGAACACAAGAACAGAAAAAUUGCUCUGUGAGAUCAACAAAUUUCGGCGCCAAAACUCACUGUUGAGAUUACCUUUGCGUGUGCUUCGUGGACAAAUUGCAUCAUUUUUCCGCUCGAGUGCAUUUCCCAUCGCAGAUUUUUUUUAAAUAAAGAAAAAACAAGCAAACUGUGCUGUGAAGUGAUAAAAGCGGGACUGAAAAGAAAAUUCUACAAGGACAUACAUUAGUGCAACUAUUUUAGAGCUUUUAGCAAAAGAAAAAUUUCCCUUAAAAUCAUUUCCAUUGCAAUCCUUUCAUGCCCUCUAACUUCCCUUGAGAUUUGUUGUUUUUCUUGUGACGGUUUUCAAUGUAGAUUUCCUUUAUUUCCUGUCUGGGUUAAUAUUUUAUGUAUAUAUAUUUUUAAAAUAUGUAGUGCAGUAGAUAAUUCGUGUGUCAAUAGUUAGUUUUUAUUGGGAGUGAAUUCCGUUUGUGGGUGCAAUUUUUGCGCGCUAAAUUGCUUACAAUUUUCAUAUGAGAUCUCAUUAGUUUCCUGAAUCCUUAAAAUUUUGCAAAAAUAUAAAUAAAGAGUGUUUUGCUUGCGAAUUUUCUUUAACAAAAAAAAUUGCGCGUGGGUGGGCAAAGGCGCGCCAAUUGAAUGUGCCUCUUCUCGUCCCCAAUAAUGGACCAAUCGUCUUCGGGGGCAAUUUCUACGACAAGUGGAAGCGUCAUUGUGCAGCAAUUAAGUACCACCACCAGCAAUCCAUCCGACGCCGAAGUUAGCCUCGCGGGUAUUGCCAUUCCAGAGUCUACGAGUCGCACGAGCCAUCCACCGGCUGGGAAUCUCCCAACCACACAACCGAGUCCAUCAACUGCUGCAACAACCCUCAGUCCACCAGGGAAGGUUUUUGGGCGCAAUUACAACGGAACGAUGGUUGUAACAUCAACUCCUUCCAAUGAGGCUGAACUUCAGCUCUACAGAGUACUACAGAGGGCUAGUCUUCUAAUCUACUAUGAUACCCUUUUGGAAAUGGGUGGAGAUGAUGUUCAACAACUUUGCGAUGCCGGUGAGGAAGAAUUCCUGGAAAUAAUGGCUCUUGUGGGAAUGGCAUCAAAACCUCUGCAUGUACGUCGCCUGCAGAAAGCCCUCCAAGAGUGGGUAACAAAUCCAUCAGCCUUUCAGACACCCCUCUCAAACACCCCCGACCUUCCCAGAGCAAUGUACAGUCCUGAACAUGCCCAAGGCUCAUCCAGAUCACCUUUUGGUUCCUCAAUCCAUUCCUCCAUAUAUCCAACUUCGGCCAUUUCAUCCUCAUCCACUUCAUCCCUUAUUGCUCCCAAUACUGGUGGUGGGAAUUUAUCUCUGAGCAGCAUUGCAAGUGGCCUGGGGGGACAAAUUGGGACACUCUCGAGUACAUCGUCGAGUACUGGUGGAAUGGGUGCAGGAGUGCAGCUUACACCGAGUCUCACAGAACCUCAGAUUCACCGAAUAACUCAGGCGGCAGAAAGGAUUUCUCAGCGACCCCAAAUGGCUCAACUUGCGCCCCGAUCACAGAGCUCAAAGAAGCGCUCAUCAAAGGAACUUGAAGCAGUAAUGGGAAUGAAUGAAUCCGAUCCACGAAGGAUGGAUGAAAUUCGGAAGUAUUCAGCUAUUUAUGGACGCUUUGACUGCAAGAGACGCCCUGAGAAACCCCUAACCCUGCACGAGGUGUGCGUGAAUGAAGCUGCAGCACAAAUCUGUCGUUUUGUCCCGGCCCUCCUGACCAGACGCGAUGAACUCUUCACACUUGCACGGCAAGUUGUACGGGCAUCGGGUUUUGGUCAUUCUGCGGGUAUUGCGAGAUUUGCAAUGAGCCAACACAUGCCCAGGGAUGAAGAUUUAGAUGCACCAGCAACCACAAAGAAGGCCAGGUUAUCUUCCGGUGGAGGAAGCGAUGGGAAUUUGGAUGCUUCAAAGGAAAUUUCGGAGAACAAGGAGAAGAUCCUCUCGAUGUAUCAACGAAUGGGAAAAUCUUUCGAUUUAGCAGAUUCGGCAAAGUUUUCUUUUCUGAAUUUUGCCAGAUACUCACCGUACUCCAGGCCAGAGUUUGAUGAUGAUUCGCAGUUUUCCUUUAGUAAUUCCAAUUCUCCACCGUUGCAUGGAAGCAACAAUGGAGGUGACAUGGAUUCAGAACCAUUGAAUGUUUCAAAUGACAAUAACAAGCACGACGACAGCAAGGAGCAGCCAUCUUCACCGGAUUCCCAUUCAGAUGGUCCAAUUGGGAUCCAGAUUAUUUCAGCAUCCGGAGGGCAUAUUAUUGCCGUUGCUAAUCCCGCUCUGGCUCUCAGCCCUGCACUGGGAGACACUAUGAGCGUAAAACGGGAACGAGAAGUUAUUUCGCCGGAUAUUCGAUAAAACAAAACGUUUGAAUGAAAAGAUCCGGCUACAGAUCUCAGAAAUCGCGCGAGUACCUCAUUGAUUAGAAAUUAUUAGAUCUUAGAUAGAUAUUUUAUAGGAACAAAUAAAUAUAUAGCAUAAACAGGAACGUUCGGGUGCAAUUAAAUUUUGGAUUUUGAAAAUUUUACCUUUAAAAGAAAACCCAUUUUAUCUUUUUGGUUUAAACGCAAUCUAGUCGUGUCUAAAUUAAAUUUUGGAAAAGUGAUUAAAAUUUUGUUGCAAAGAUUUUAAAACGAAAAUUAUUUUUUGGUAAAUUUUCGCGAAUUUUAUGUUAGAAGGAAAUAAAUUUGAAAGCAAAAAAAGAUUGAAUAAAUGUGCCUCAGUGUAGCUUAGGAUUUUCUAAUAAAAUUUAAGUAGAUUUUUUGUAACAAAUUGCUUAGAAAUUUUAGAUAAAAUGUUUUCAAUUGUAUUAUUCUUUAAGAUUAAUAGAAAAGAGACUUUUUUAGAAAAUUGUUUUAGGUGUGAAAACUUCUUUUAAGCAAAAUUAGCUAACUUUUCAUUUAAUCUAAUUUGAAUUUGCUUCAUUAAUCGUUGUUUAACUUCUGUGAUUUACAAAAGAUAAAGAAAUCUAAAUUUAUAAUAAAAAAAAUCGUAUUAAUGCACCAUCAUUGACUCCGGUUUAUUUUGUGAAAGACAAUAAAUUCUCUCUUUUUAUGCGGAGAAUAAAAUAAAAUAUCUGUGUAAUCACAUAAAUAAGAAGAGUAAUAUCUUGGAGAAGAAAUAGAAUAAAUUGCAAUAUAAAGAAGACAUUUUUACAUGCAUUCCUGUAUAAUAAGAUUUUCCGUACAUUCGCCAAUAAAUCAAACAUAAACGGA